AUGGAGCCUGAUCUACCCUGCCAGUAUUCUGACAAGAAUCUACAAGAAUUUGUUCAUUGUAGAGGGAAAAUAGAUUGGAUGGGAAAAUACUGGCAUACAGAUUCGUGUUACAAGCAUUAUGGCGUGGAUGGAUCAAUGUGUUCUAUUGCUAUUUACCUUAGUGAGAUUGAAAACUGGUGUCCUGUGCUGCCUUGGAGAAAAGGUGUUCCGAAUAAUUUGCUAAGUGAUCCAGAAUCGGAAAUGGAACCAUUGUUUAAGUUGAUGGCUGAUGACAAUAAAUUCUUGUGGAUGAAAAACAGAAUUGAUAGAAUGUGGGACAAUAAAUGGGUGCCCGCAGGGAAAGCUUUACAGAUGAAACAGGAUUUGAGUAACAGAUCUAAAAAAAGGCAAAGUAGAAAAAGAGAAGAUGCUAAAAGUUUGUGUUAUAUGAAGGCUAAGGGCGUGAGCAAUAAAAAUUGUCCUGUAUCAGGAGUAAGACCUGUGGAUCUUAUUUACAUAGAUAUUGUAGGUUUGAAGCAGUUUAAAAAAGUAGCUGGUUCUCUCUGGAACCAAUUCAGCUGUAUGUUACGGGUCAUAGAUACGUUUGGCACGGAACCAGCUUUUAACUUAGACACCUAUGCAAGGAAGGCUGGCACAAAGUCAGUGUGGGGAAAAUGGGGAUUAGUCCCACUGCAGUUCAUGACAAUGUUUCCUCACACGCCAGACAACUCAUUUAUGGGAUUUGUUGUUGAAAAUGAUUUACAGGAUGAGGAUUUUGAGAGACCAGUGCCAAAGCAAAAUGAUAUGGCAGUCGUAUAUGGUAAGAAAGCUGACAUGUGGCUGGAUUCUAAGGCAUAUUUAGAUAUCAUACAUGAACGUUUUACAUUACACGGUACGGUAUAUGCUAAUACGAGUGAUGAUUUGAUGAACAUUCCGCGAUACGUCAUCAACCAUGGCAUACUGAGUGGUGACCAGGUUCAAGAACUACUCAAAAAAGCAAAGUUAUUUGUUGGUUUGGGUUUUCCAUAUGAUGGACCAGCACCACUGGAGGCCAUUGCCAAUGGAUGUGUAUUUCUAAAUCCCAGUUUUAACCCACCGCUUAACUCUAUGAAUACAAAGUUUUUUAAGGGGAAACCUACUCUGCGAGAGUUGACAUCUCAACAUCCGUAUGCCGAGGUAUACAUUGGUAAACCCUAUGUGCACACUGUCAGCAUUACAAACACUACAGCAUUUAGAGCAGUAUUGAGAGAAAUCCAAGAAACUGAAUACUUAAAGCCAUAUGUGCCACAUGAAUUCACACCUGAAGGAAUGUUACAAAGACUUAAUGCAUAUAUUGAAAACCAGGAUUUCUGUUCAGCCAAUCCAAAACAAUGGCCACCGUUGAGCGCAUUAAAAGUCAAAAUAUCCAAUCCUAAAGAGUCGUGUAAAGCAGUCUGCAUGAAGAAUGGACUUAUAUGUGAGCCAUCGUUCUUCAAAUCACUCAAUACACAGGAAAUGAUUGAGAGGGAAGGAUACUUAGAAUGCAAGUCUGUAAUAUCUGUGGAAGACAUAUAUGCACCUUCCUUCAUCAAAGAAAGUAACAUCUGUCAUCUAGAAAAGCAGAAACUGUUAUUCAGUUGUGCUGGUGGAAGUGACACUCGGAACAGAGUGUGUCCAUGUAGAGAUUUCAUUAAGGGGCAAGUCUCACUGUGUAAAGACUGUCUUUAGUUGCAGCAAUCAAAAGGACAUAAAUAUCCAGACUUUAAAUGUAUAUUUCCAGUAAUUCGCUCCCUUCUCUGAUGAAACACUUCUGUGAUGUGGCGACGAUGGGUGUAAGCAACAAUGUUCAAAUUGUCAACUCUGUUUGGCUGUGUAAUCAUUCGUCAUUUACAAUAUAGCAAAUGUACAAAGAAAUUGUAUUUUUUACGACAGACCACACGAACAAAUCAAUGUUAAUGCUAAGAUUAGCGUCCCUUAUGCCUGUUAAUGGCACAGAAGUGCUUUCAACUCCAGAGGUGCACUUUAUAGGAAUGAUUUAUUUUUGUAUAAUAGGAUUUACCCAUGUGGCUUCAAUACCUUGAGUGGACAUAUGUGUUAUUAAAUGUCUGUACUGACUAUUAUUAACUAAUGUCUUGUGAUAAGAUUGCUGAUGGUGUACCUGUCUACACAAUGAAUGAAGAACUUUAAUGCA